AUGUUCAGUACAAGCGCCAAGAUAGUGAAGCCCAAUGGCGAGAAGCCGGACGAGUUUGAGUCUGGGAUUUCUCAGGCUCUGCUGGAGCUGGAGAUGAACUCUGACCUCAAGGCUCAGCUGAGGGAGCUGAACAUCACUGCAGCAAAGGAGAUCGAAGUGGGCAGCAGCAGAAAGGUCAUCAUCAUCUUCGUCCCGGUCCCGCAGCUCAAGUCGUUUCAGAAGAUCCAGGUUCGUUUGGUCAGAGAGCUGGAGAAGAAGUUCAGCGGCAAACACGUGGUCUUCAUUGCUCAGAGAAGAAUUUUGCCUAAACCCACAAGGAAAAGCCGCAUAAAGAACAAGCAGAAGCGCCCCAGGAGCCGCACCUUGACCGCGGUGCACGAUGCCAUCUUGGAGGACCUGGUGUUUCCGUCAGAGAUCGUGGGGAAGAGGAUCAGAGUGAAGCUGGACAGCAGCCGCCUCAUCAAAGUUCAUCUGGACAAGGCUCAGCAGAACAAUGUGGAACACAAAGUGGAGACGUUCUCUGGCGUCUACAAGAAGCUCACGGGGAAAGACGUGGUGUUCGAGUUCCCAGAGUUCCAGCUGUAA